UUUUUGCCGGCUUUCCCUCGCUCGUCAUGUCGAUCAUCAACGCGACUGCGCGAGAAGCGAACAACUGCAAGCUCAUCAGCGGCACCUUCGAGACGCUGGUCCAGAUCGGCCUUGGCAUCAUCGCCCUCUCCGUGCUCGUGCUGAAGCGCACGUAUGAAAAGCCGCAGCGUCCGUUCCAGGUGUGGGCGUACGACGCAUCCAAGCAGGCAAUCGGUGCUGGUGUUGCGCAUGCGGCCAACCUCUUCAUCGCGAUCUUGUUGGUCAAGCUUGCGGGCUCCGAAGACGCCCAGGACGAGUGCUCAUUCUACUUUAUCAACUUCACGUUGGACACAAGUUUGGGGGUUCUUUUGAACUGGCUGCUGCUGCGCACGACCGUGGCGGCUGCGGUACGUAUUUCGCCGUCGUUCUGCCGUAUCCAUCCACGGGUCUCAUGUAGCUCCACUUCAACUGGACGUGGCUCCAAGUGCCCGGGUUCUACGGCAACCCCAUUCAAGCCAAGGUCUGGCUCACGCAACUGCUGUCGUGGAUUGCCAUCGUGUUGACGGCCAAGCUCGUCAUCGCGCGCGCCAUCUACGCGUUUUCGUCGCCGUUGAAUGCAUUUGGCAACUGGUUGUUCGAACCUCUGUCCAACUACCCCAAGCUCGAACUGCUCUUUGUCAUGGUCGCGUGCCCGUGCCUCAUGAACGCGCUACAAUUCUGGGUCACAGAUAACUUUCUCAAGAAGCCAGCUGCUCAAGAUGCACGCCUCAUCGUCGACGAAAAGACGCCAUUGGUGUAGUAAUCACUCGAAAAUAGUGUUUUCUCGAGUACUACCAUAUUUGUCGUUGAUCUGCACGAUGAAAUACAAAACGCGAAUAGAAUUCUAUAAUUCAAUACAAUCUUGAAUCAAUUAUAC